AUGAACUCGCUGCGCUUCAACCGCAGCUCCAAGCAAGCCUUCCGCAAGCCCCUCGACUUUCUCAGCAACCUCUCGCGCUCCGCCGUCCAACUCCCCCCAGACCACCACAAAAAGACGCACAAACGCCCCAAUCUCAGCGCCAGCUCGCUCGAUGAUACAGACUCCAGCGACGUAGAAUAUUACGCACAGAUGGAGGGACGACGGAGCCAUUCGGCGCACAAUUCGCAGUCGGAGCUGCAGCCCCCGGUGCCGCUGAUUGAUCUGGGCAGUCGCAGCACCAGUCCGUACCCCAGGAUUCGCAGCGCCGUGCAGAGCGAGGACGAGGAUGACGAGUAUGAGACGGCGAGCAGUAUCCGGCCAUUGGUGGGGAGAGGCGCGGGGAGAGGCGGCAAUGCGAAGAGGGGGAUCCUGAGCCAGGGCGGGCUGGGCUACUUUUUGUUCUCGACGUGGACGGGAUGGCAGGUCUGGGUGGGCUUGCUGGUGUUUUGGGUGGGCGGCUGCAGCUUUGGGCUGUUGCUGAUGAACCGCUUCAUCAUGCUCACAGGCGUGUACAAGUGCGAAUGGGUGGGUGCUAACGGUGGCAGAUUUCCCUUCCCGCUGGCCUGCACAUACAUCCAACUGGUUAUCACGCACAUCCUCCUCAUCGGCUUCUCCAGCCUCACACGCGCCCUCGACCGGCCUCUCCGCUGGCUGGGACUCGGCCCCGCUGUCGCCCCGUCCUUCCCCAUCGCGCCCCAGGGCGGCGCAUACAGAGGCGGAAACAAGAACCACAUCCUGCUCUCUGUCGGCCGCUGGCUCUCCCAUGGCUCCGGCGGAAUCGCAGGCGGCGGCCUCUUCGAAUUUGACGUCCAGAUUGCCAGGCAAGUCCUGCCACUCGCAGUCGUCUAUGUCGUCAAGGUGCUCCUCAGCAACUUCUCCUUUGCCUACGCCCCGCUCCCCACCUACCAGCUCGCUCGCAUCGGCAUUACCCCGCUCGCCAUCAUCUUCGCCUGCGUCCUGCAGAAAGAAAACAUCAGCGGCUCCUCCCUCUCCGCCGCCCUCGUCGCAACCCUCAACCUCCUCUUCGCCACCAUCCGCUCCAACGUGCGCGUCACCUGGGAGUCCAUCGUCGCCGGCGUCUUCAGCUCCUUCUUCGUCGCCCUCUACCCGAUCCUGCUGCUGCGCACAUACCGCACCAUACUCGCCGGCCUCGUGCCCGCAGGUGACGUGCUGACACAAGGCUACCCCACCACCGACGAAGCAGGCAAUCGCGAAGAAACCCGCGCCUUUUACCGCACGCUGCACUACACCUCGCUCCUCACGCUCAUCAUACUCACCCCCAUCGUUCUGCUCUUCGGCGAUGUAGGCAACAUCUACCACAACAUCCCCUUCCUCGACGUGCCCUUCUUCUGGGCCAUGAUGCUGUUCGGCGGCAUGGGCAGUUGGGCGGUUUUCAGCUCCACCCUGCUCAUGUGCAAGAGUACCAGCCCGCUCAGCACGACGUUUGUGGCGGUGCCCAGGACUGCCUUUCAGCUCGCGAUGAUCAAUCUCGGCAAGAUUCCGAGCCAGAGUUGGGUCGGCGUCGCGCUUUGUUGGGCGAGUAGUGUGUGGUUUCUUGUCGCGAGGCGGGAUGAGGGGCGGAUGAGGGAGAGGUUGAGGAUUGAGGGGAGGUAG